GACCAACAUUAAUUUCAUAUUUAAAAGAAGUUCUAUUACCUCAAUUAUAUCUAUCUUUAAAUAAUCUUUCAAAAAUUGAUGUAUUAAUAGCAUUUAGAAAAUGUGCUGAACAUCCUUAUAGUCAAAAUAUUUAUGAUGUUGCUUAUUUAUUAAUGAAUAAAUCUAAUAAUGAUAAUCCUUAUAUAAGAACUAUUAAAUUAUUUUCAUGUAUUGAGCAUGAUACUAAAAAACCAAUAAAAUUUUAUAAUAUUCAUAAUCAAGAUAUUGGAUGUGUUCUUGCAGAUGAGCAUUAUGAUCAAGCUUUAG